ACUUGCCUGUAGAAUAAUAUAAGCUAAACUACAGACUGGAGAGCGUUCUGUAUCUUUUUGUUUGAAUUUUAUUAUUUUCCUUACAGCAUAUUGUCAGCGAGGUGGAACUUGGAACCAAGAAGAUUGACCGCUACAAGAGUUCGUAUGUUGAUUUCUUCAAGUAUGCCAUGAAAAAUCUGAAAGCCGCGAUGUCUGUGUCUGGCGGGUACAAAGGGUUUAGUAGCUCUGUCUCCAUUGACUUUGAAAGGUUCACAGCAUCCAUGACAAGUGGCACUUCAUUUGGAAGUGAAAAAGUUGUGUUUCGGUGUGGUACACGAAACAAGCCUGAGCCCAUUGGAUUGAAGUUGAUUUCCAUUGACCGGGCAUUUGACGACAGCUUCUUCAAGGCACUCAGUAAGAAAUACCAAUGUCAGAAUUUGGCACAACGGAGGACGAACGUGAAAAAGAUUUUGAAAGAAUACCCAGGCUUAGAAGGAGCUAAAACGUAUCCUCGAGAUCCUACAGUCCGCAUUCCUCUAACUUGGCCACUGGGCAAAUAUGGACUUCCUAUGGCAAAAUCAGGAUGUCCAAACGGAGGUUUUUGGCACACGGGCUGGCGAUACCACGACACUGAAGAUAAAGACCCAAGCAAUUAUUGGUCAAACCCCUACGAUUUGGCGGGACAUGUUGGCAAAAGUAACAUGGAGCAAAAGUUCUGUAUGAAGAUAAGGUUUCGAACAUCCACAUAUAAUUUGCCAUGGCCUAAAGGAAAAUACUGCAUCUUCAAAAAAGAAUAUUGCCCCGCAGAUUUCGAGGAGGCAUACGUUCGUUGGGAUGAUGAAGAUGACAAUAACAAUAACAAAAGAGGUGGCACGCUUCCGAAAGGUUAUUAUAACGGUAACACUCGCAUCGAAUAUUGCUGCCGUACGGAUGGAGAUGCCACAGAAGCCAUUCGCCUCCCAACUGGCUCACCGUUUGUGCUGAUAAAGGCUAACACCCACCUCUGUCAGGAAGUGGAUGGAAUGACACAUAGAUCAGAGUACUUUGCCUGGGACACCGAAGAUAAAGAUCCGCAAGCCAACAUUCACGGACCGAUCAAUGCUGAGUUGGGUGCAAACCGUAAUAUAAAAGUUCACUACUGUUAUUACAGACCUAUCUGAUGCCUCAAGAAGAUUUCGCCUUGCUUUUAGACAUUAGAAGCGAACAAGAAAAAUAAAGGGAAAGUAAAUUGUAAACUAGCGUCAGUGUACGUUUUUGAG